AUGGCGUUCAAGCUCGUUGUCUUGGUUUGCGCUUUUGUCGCUGCCCAAGCUGGCGUGAUCGCCCCUGUCUCUUACACUGCACAUCCAGCGUCGGUCGCAUAUGCUGCUGCACCCGUAGUGCACGCUGCUCCAGCCGCGUCCAUUGUGCAUUCUGCUCCCAUCGCCUACUCUGCUCCAGUAGCAAAACUCGCUGCUGAUCCCGUUGCCGUCGAAGAAUACGAUUCCCAUCCUCAAUACAGUUUCGCUUACGAUGUUCAAGACGGUCUUACUGGAGACUCCAAGAGCCAGCACGAAACUCGCGAUGGUGACGUAGUCCAGGGCUCGUACUCUGUCGUCGACCCUGACGGUACAAAGCGCACUGUUGACUACACCGCUGAUCCACACAAUGGUUUUAAUGCGGUCGUACACAAAGAGCUCAUAGCCGUAAAAACCGUAGCUGCCGUAGCUAAAAUUGCAGCUCCUGUUGCCUACGCUACUGCUCCUGUAGUUCAUGCUGCCCCAGUGGUCCACGCUGCUCCAGUAGUCCAUACACCUCCUGUCGUACAUCAUGCUCCAGUAGUUCACGCAGCUCCUUUUUCCUAUUCUUCUCCGGUUUUUGUCGUCUUUGCCUGCUUAGUAGCCGCCGUUAGCGCUGGUAUAAUUCCAGCUGCUUCUGUCACCUACGCUGCGCCAACAUACCACACAGCUCCCGUGGCAUACUCUACGGCUCCUAUUACUAAGUUUGCUUACAGCAGUCCAGUAGCUUAUCCUGUAGCAAAACUUGCCGCUGAGGAAUACGACGCUCACCCUCAAUACAGUUUUGCUUACGAUGUACAAGACGAACUUACGGGAGACUCUAAGAGCCAGCACGAAACCCGUGACGGCGAUGUCGUCCAAGGCUCGUACUCCGUUGUUGAUCCCGAUGGUACGAAGCGUAUCGUGGACUACACAGCUGACCCCCAAAAUGGGUUUAACGCGGUUGUGCGCAAAGAGGCUCUCAGUGUGAAGGUAGCAGCUCCAAUCGUAGCUAAAGUCGCCACACCCGUUGCCUACGCUGCUCCCGUCGCUAAGCUCGCCUCUGUCGUACACACCGCCCCCCUUACCUACGCAGCCGCCCCCGUUGUACAUGCCGCACCUGUGGCUUACUCUGCUCCUUUCUACCACCACUAA